AGUAACUCGUUUGAUAGGAGUAUUCCUAACGUUUCGUGAAAUCGGCUGCAGACACGUACCGUAAAGGCGGAUAGGACUACCGGAAAUGAAGUCGUCAAAGAUUACGUUGUGUGUUGUUACGAUCACCGUUUGCCUGUUACGAAGCAGAUACGUCCUAACGGGAACAGCUGGGACUCAAUUCGUCGUUGGUUUCAUGGAGAAUGUUGAAUCCAAGUACCCACCAGGCCUUGUGAUUGGUGGAAAUAUAAACAUGUCAUCAAACGUCACAAUCACGUGCCCGGGGCUCAACUUCAGCCGGUUAAUAACAGUUCCCAAAAUGGACGCCGUGACCGUCAAACUGCCACACGGAGCCGUGGCCAACGGGACCGGACAUGCGCAAAAGGGUAUCCUGAUUGAAUCGACCAAUGUCAUCACAGUGUUUGGUUUGAACACAGCUAGUGCCAACUCCCUGGAUGGAUUUACCGCGAUUCCCACUGGCCUUCUGGGCCAGAAUUAUCGCGUGAUUUCAAGCAAUGUAUCUGAUGAGCUGGAGAUUGGUCGACGGUUUAGUGAGUUUCUCUUGAUUGGUGUCUUUGACAAUACGAGUGUUAAAGUGCGACUCACUGCUCCAACAACGUACCAGCACGUGAGUUAUUCCCCCGGUGACGUCAUCGCGAUAUUGAUAUCUCGCCUGGAAACCGUCCAACUUCAGAGUCUGCGAGAUUUGACGGGAACUCACGUGAUCUCCAGCCGGCCAGUAGCAGUCUUGUCGGGUAGUAAGUGCGCUAAUGUCCCGGUUGAUGUUUCGGCUUGUGACCACCUUGCCGAGUACCUGCCACCGACGGACCAAUGGGGGAGAGAGUUUAUCUUAGCAACAUUCCUUGCACGGAUGUCUGGUGACUGUUUCACUCUAGUUGGAUUCGAACCGGGAACCAUCGUCACUAUCGUUGCACCGAGUGUCGGUAGUACUACUGUAAACCUGAAAAGUGAUGGUGACUUGCACACUUUCAAAUUGAACUCCCUGGAGAGUGGCUACGUCACGAGUUCUCAACCAAUCAUGAUUGCGCAGUUCUCACAGGGUGCAUUUGCUGAUGGUGGGGUCAUAGGUGAUCCUUCGAUGCUCAUUGUGACACCAAUUGACCAAUGGCUGCAGAGCAAAACCCCUGGUGUGAGUUUCCGAACGUAUGAUAGCACGCCGGAUGGGUCAAAAACGAUCCGGACGUUUCUUACCGUCACGUCAUGGUGCUCGGUUAUUGAUGAUGUAGUCGUUGACGGGAAACCACUUUCGGUUCCAACGGAACUGGUUCGAAAGCGUAAUUCGGGAAAAAAAGACGACUAUCUUUGUGUGAAGCGCUCACAGCUGACCCCAGGCGCGCACACUAUUUGGGCGUUGACCACCAACACUGCACUCGCUACGUACGUCUACGGCUUCGGAGAACACGUUUCGUAUGCGUUUCCGUUGGGAACCGGACACGGAACGCCUGGCCCAAUCAUGGCACCUAGCCCAAUUACGAAUACAACCAAUAACGAAGAGACUGUUUACUUAUCUACUGAUAUCACUCGUAAUGUCAUUCUGUCCAUCGCUGUUACGUGUGUAUGUGUCUUGAUAGUGUUUGCAUUCCGUAAGAAACUGAAGGCUGCCGUAAGACCUCGGCCAGUAUCGAUCAAGCCACGCUCCAUUGUCACUUAAAGACACUGGACAAUAUUGGUAAUUACUUGAACUAAGUAUUAGCACAAAAAUUGACU